GGGGCCCAGAUGGGCCGGACUGAAGAGAGGAGGAGCCCCCCAUUCGGGGGGCGUGUUUAUUGCGUGGCACCUCAGCCCCCGGAUGGCGAGGAGGGGCUUGCUUCCCAAGCUUGGUCUGCAGCCGAGGCCCCCAACAGCUGGCGUGACAAAGCAGGAUCCCCUCGUUGAGGUCUCCCCACCAUGUCCCCUCCGUCUCUGCUCCUGCUUCUGCUUUUCCUAACGCCCCAGGAGGGUGGGAGCGAUACAGCGCAGGACGAUAAUUUAUUGGUCCUUACCGUGGCUGCGAAGGAGACCGAAGGCUUCAGGCGUUUCCAAAGAUCAGCCCAAGUUUUCAACUAUAACCUGAAGGUUCUGGGAUUAGGUGAAGAAUGGAACGGCGGAGAUGACAAGAGAGCAGGCGGUGGACAGAAGAUCCGUCUCUUGAAAUUGGCUUUGGAAGGAUAUGCAGACAAGGAAGGCUUGGUGAUCCUUUUCACAGAGAGCUACAGCGCCAUAUUUGCUUCAGGGCCGAGAGAAGUCCUGAAGAAAUUCAGGCAGGCCGAGUCAAAAGUUGUCUUUUCAUCAGAGACGCUCAUCUACCCGGACCGAAGAUUGGAAGCCAAGUACCCGCUGGUCCAGGAAGGGAACAGAUUUCUGGGAUCUGGAGGAUUCAUAGGUUAUGCUCCAUAUCUCAGCAAGCUUGUGGCACAUUGGCAAGGCCUCGACAGCGACAGCGACCAGCUGUUUUAUACCAAAGUGUUUCUGGACCCUGAGAAGCGGGAGACCUUCAAUAUAACUUUGGAUCACAGGUGCCGGAUCUUCCAAAAUCUUAACGGCGCUCUAGAUGAAGUGGCUCUGAAAUUUGAAAAUGGGCGGGUGCGACUGCGGAAUCUGGCCUUUGAUACCCUCCCGGUUGUGAUCCACGGCAACGAGGCCACCAAGCUGCAGCUGAAUUAUCUGGGGAACUACAUACCUCGGACCUGGACCUUUGAGACAGGCUGCACCAUUUGCGACGAAGGCCUGAAAAGUCUCACUGGCUUGAAAGAAGACUCGCUUCCCCUGACUGUGAUCGGCGUCUUUAUUGAACAACCCACGCCCUUCCUUGACCACUUCUUCCAAAGGCUGCAGCUUCUCCGCUAUCCGAAAAAGAAAAUCCACCUGUUCAUCCACAAUCGUGAGAAGCAUCACCUCUCCCAGGUCGGCCCCUUUGUGGACAAGCACGGCCCAGAAUACCACUCCCUCAAAGUGAUCGGGCCGGAGGAUCGCCUCGAGAGUGCCGACGCUCGCAACCUGAGCGUGAAUCUGUGUAGGCAGAACCCUGCCUGUGAAUAUUACUUCAGUCUAGACGCCGAAGUGGUGCUCAAGAAUCCGGACACCUUGCGGAUCCUGAUGGAGCAGAAUAAGUUUGUGAUUGCCCCUCUCGUGAGCCGCCCUGGGAAACUGUGGUCGAAUUUCUGGGGGGCCCUGAGUGCUGAUGGUUAUUAUGCCCGCUCAGAGGAUUAUGUGGAUAUUGUCCAGAGGCGGAGGAUUGGCCUUUGGAAUGUCCCAUACAUUUCCAGCGUCUACAUGAUCAAGGGCAGCGUCCUGCGGUCGCAACUCGCUCACCUCGACCUUUUCCACAGCGGGAAACUGGACGCAGACAUGGCUCUGUGCCAUAACAUCCGCCAACAGGGGGUGUUCAUGUUUCUGACAAACCAGCAGCAGUAUGGGCACAUCCUGUCCCUGGAGAAUUAUCAGACAAGCCACCUGCACAGUGAUCUCUGGCAAAUCUUCAGCAACCCGGAGGAUUGGAAGGAGAAAUACAUUCACCCAAACUACACGGCCGCCUUAAAAGGCAAAUUGGUAGAAACGCCCUGCCCAGAUGUUUACUGGUUCCCCAUAUUUACCGACACGGCUUGUGACGAGAUGGUGGAAGAGAUGGAGCAUUUUGGCCAGUGGUCCAAGGGAGGCAACACGGACCACAGGAUCCUGGGUGGCUACGAGAACGUCCCGACGAUUGAUAUCCACAUGAACCAGAUCAACUUCGAGCGCGAGUGGUACAAAUUUCUCCUGGAUUACAUUGCGCCCAUCACAGAGAAGCUCUACCCCGGCUACUACACGCAGGCCCAGUUUGAGCUAGCCUUCGUCGUCCGGUACAAACCAGACGAGCAGCCUUCCCUGAUGCCGCAUCACGAUGCCUCCACAUUCACUAUCAACAUUGCCUUGAAUCGCGUCGGGAUAGAUUAUGAAGGCGGGGGCUGCCGCUUCCUCCGUUACAACUGCUCCAUCCAAGCCCCCCGGAAGGGGUGGACCCUCCUGCACCCAGGCCGCCUGACGCACUACCACGAGGGCCUCCCCACCACCAAAGGGACUCGCUACAUUGCCGUGUCCUUCCUCGACCCAUAGAACUGCCUGUCCCACAGCCAGGGAGAAGAACUUGGGGGGAAAUCUUUCCGCCAGGCCAUUUGCCCCCUUGGCAGACUGCUCCGCCCAGGGCAGGAGUGCUGGACUUCUGGGACAGAUAAUUUGAUUGGAUGCCAAUUGGUUGCAAGAGACGUUGCCUAGAUUGAAUACUAUCCCUUGAGGGCUCUGCCUCCGCUGGAUUCUCUCCGCCCCCACCCCAGCAACGGCCCAGCCGGUUAGAGCAGCCUGGCCCACUGCUUGCCGCCCGGUGAGGGUGCCCACCUUGCCCCUUGUCUUGUGGGAAGACUUCCUCAGCUUCUGCACUCGUCCUUCCAACAGAGACGCCCAAGGUGCUUCGGAGUCCAAGCGACACGUUGGAACAUUUCUUGUUCUUUGCUGAUGGGGUGAAGCCUCUUAAAACGAUCGCUUUUUUGGACGGCACGCAGAGUUGGUUGCCACAAAAGGUUUUGGAAACAGGAUCCCUCGUAAGAAUGACAAGGACAAUUCAUCACAUCCCAUUUUUCCCCCCUGGCUUUACAUUUCUCUUUUUCUGGAAACUGGGCAAGAGGAGAAAAGUGUGGCAAACACAUUAGAAAUUCAUCAGGAAUGCAAAACAUGCCUUGAAUGCCUUGCUUUGGUAUCCUAUCCAAAGUGUCUUGGAUCCCGAUGCCAGAUCAGAGAGCUUUCUGCGUGUGUAUUUAUUUAAAAGUCAGCCCCUUCGUUCAAUCACCCACUUUUUCUGCCCAAGUUGUACAGAUUUUGCUAGGAGAUUUUUACGCUAAAAUUUGACAUUAAAAAGACUUUAUUUUAAAAAGCC